CCAUGUCCAUAGCCACAGAUUUGUAAAUCUGCUCCUGCUCCAAAAAGCAAUCCGCAGUGAAACGGUAUGGAUUAUUUAACUGGGGAAACAGAUUUUUUUAAUCUAUGAGAAUGAAUUGUUAAACUGAGGGAUUAACUAAUGAGGAAGGAUUCUCAUUCCCCCUCUAAAUUCAUGCCAAAAAAACCCCUAUCACUCUUGUGUCUUCUCUAAAAUAUUUAAGUUAUCAGGAGUUAAAAUGGAAGAAUGUCCUAUCUAACUAUGUUUAGAAAAGCAGAUAGAAUGUUUCUAUUUUUUAUUUGAAUUAGUUUCAUUAUUAUUAUUAUUAUUUUUAUUAUUAUUAUUUUGUCUCGUUUCCUCGGCUAUCUACACUGUCCAGAUACUCAGUGUGGUUACGAUUGAAGAGGUGGACGUGUCUGUCCACAGCCCACUGAUGCUCGGCCUCGGGGAACGACACGUUGUCUUCUAACUGAUUGUAUUGGUUUUGUUUUGUAUCACUGUUAUUACUGUAAUUAUAAGUAUGAUGAUUUCUUCAUAGUGAAAAAAAAAGGUCUUCAGUACUGUGUCUGAAUCGUUGCUGUAUUUGUCAACAAUCUAGGAAUUCAGCUUUUCUUUCUUCUAAGUUUCACAACUCUGUUGUUUUUCAAUCUGGACGAGAGAAACUGUACAGCCAACUUCACAAACGAGACAGAUAGACAGAGAGAGAGCGAGAGAGAGAGAGAGAGAGAGAGAGAGAGAGAGAGGCAGUCAGAGGAAUGAAUUAAAACUACUGUUGCGAAAAGCUGCCACUGUGAGGCAAGCAUACCUGCUUCAGUGCUGCACAGCGGCAGAUGGCUGCCUCCCUCUCUACCUCUGAAGGAGCUGGAUAGCAAUCCCGGGGGAGUGUGUGUGUCUGAUGGACAAGCCCCUGAGGGAAUAUGGAAAUGACACAUACCCAUAGAACACACACACACACACACACACACACACACACACACACACACACACACACACACACUCACACUCUCUCUCUCUAUCUCAUACACACACACACACACACACACUCACAUACCCACACACACACUCUCUCUUUUUCUCUCUCUCUCUCUCUCUCUCUCUCUCUCUCUCUCUCUCUCUCUCUCUCACACACACACUCUCACACACACACACACACACACACACACACACACACACACACACACACAUACACACACACACACACACUCACUGACACUCACAUACACCAAAGUGUCUGAGAGGACCAUGUAAGGACCAUUUUGUGAGGGAGGGAAAAUGACAUUUCUGUUGUGAUCCAAUACAGACCAGGCCUUGUGUAUUCUACUCUAACUAUAUUCCAUUAUUACACACAAUCUAUUCUAAUGCUGUGUGGCGCUUACUGCAGAUCAUUGGCAACUUUUGAAGAGUUUUUGUUUGUUUGUUUGUUUGUUUGUUUGAGUAUUUGUUUUCCCUUUAUAAUCUGGUAGGUUGCUAAAAGUGUACUGUACAUACAUAGACAGACAAAGUUCAACAACUCUGUGUCUAGCUCCAAGAACUGUAUGGUUAUCAUAUACUGAAAACCUGUGCUACUGGCAUCCAUAUCAGUGUGGUCAGUUGUUGUGGUCAGCAUCCAUCAAAGGAUUCAUAACCUCCAAUAAAUAUUUGUAGAAAUAU